GCGCAGAGGGCUGCGCGUGGUGUACUGUUUUUACUUAGUUGUAUGUUGAGUCAGCGGACGUGGCUGUGGUUGUAGUUUUCUUCUUAGGUUGACACUUGCCUUAUUUGUUGUAGUUUAUGGUGGCGCCUUGUCUGGGAAGGGCAGCAGGUUGUUGUCGUCCUUCUGGAGCUGGGUGACAGAUCGCUGAAGUGACAGCAGUCAUGCAGAUUACAGUGUACUGUGUGCGGAGGGACCUGACAGAAGUUACUUUUUCUUUGGAAGUAGAUGGGGACUUUGAGUUGGAAAACUUCAAAGCUCUGUGCGAAUUGGAGUCAGGAGUGCCUGCCUCGGAGUGUCAGAUUGUUCAUGCAGAAGUUCCACUGACUGACAUUCGAAGGUCCCUUGCUUCUUAUGGACUGAAGGAUGGAGAUGUGGUGGUCUUGCGACAGCUGGGUAACCAACCACAGCCAGCCAUGCAUUUUCCAGAUCUACCCAGAAUAGACUUCAGCAGUAUUGCUGUACCUGGGACUUCGAACCAGCAGCGACGUCCACCUGAAACCCAAACAUCACGAUCAGCAAAUGUAACUACUCCUAACUCUUCAUUGGCUACAUCACCUCAGGGUCUUGACAAUCCAGCUCUGCUGCGAGAUAUGCUGCUUGCCAAUCCACAUGAGCUGUCUCUCCUUAAAGAACGAAAUCCACCACUCGCCGAAGCUCUGCUGGGUGGAGAUCUACAAACAUUCACGAAAGUCCUCAUGGAACAGCAGCAAGAAAGAGCUCGUCGAGACCAUGAGAGGCUACGACUUUUCUCAGCUGACCCCUUUGACUUGGAGGCUCAAGCUAAGAUAGAAGAGGAGAUCAGGCAACAGAACAUUGAAGAAAACAUGACAAUUGCAAUGGAGGAGGCUCCAGAAAGCUUUGGCCAGGUGGUAAUGCUGUAUAUCAACUGCAGAGUAAAUGGACAUCCGGUUAAAGCUUUCGUUGACUCUGGUGCCCAGAUGACUAUCAUGAGUCAAGCCUGUGCUGAAAGGUGUAAUAUCAUGCGACUUGUGGACAGGCGAUGGGCUGGUAUUGCAAAGGGUGUAGGCACUCAGAAAAUCAUUGGCAGAGUUCAUUUAUCUCAGGUUCAAAUUGAAGGAGAUUUCCUGCCAUGUUCCUUUUCCAUUUUGGAAGAUCAGCCUAUGGAUAUGCUACUGGGACUGGACAUGCUUAAAAGACAUCAGUGCUCUGUUGACCUGAAGAAAAAUGUAUUGGUGAUUGGUACCACAGGAACAGAGACUUCUUUCUUACCUGAAGCUGAACUCCCAGAAUGUGCACGAUUAGCUUAUGGAUCAUUUCGAGAAGAUUUGCUUCGAGAUGAGAUUGCGGACCGAGAAUUGGCUGAAGCACUACAAAAGUCUGUCGAUGAUGCAGAAAUGGAAGACAGAGAAUCUACCUCACUGGAAAACAACAUGUUUCCACGUAAUGGGCUUAGUAGACCAACCCAGCCAUUAGAAGAAGCAGCUGUUGACCACCAAACUCCGUUACUUGAGCUCCCCAUCUCAGACCCUGCCUCACUUUGUUUACAGAAGUCUUCUGUGGAACUUGAACCACAGUCUGUGGAUUCUUUACAAAACACUGUCAAAUGCCCAUUGUUGACCUCUGAAACUGAGCCUUUUCUUCAUGGAAAAGACCUAUUAAUCCCAUCAUCAUCUUCAAAUCUUAUUCCUCCACAAACGGGUGGAAUGAAUGUUGAAGCCAAAUCUAUCAGUUCACAUAACAGCUUGAUUGACUUGGUUAAUUCAGAUAAGACGGAGCCUUCAGAGACUGGUAAUAGUCCCACCGAAUGUUAUAGCUUGGGUAACAAAGGGCAAGAAACUGGUGCUUUGUUUCAAACUGACCUUAGUAAACAUGCGAAUCAACUGGAGACUUCACAUCUUAAAUACUUUCAUUCUGAAUGUUCAAAACCUGUAUUGGGUAAUGAAAUGGGUGUGGAUAUUCAGUUAGAAGAAAAUAUAUUGGAGGGACGUAAAGAGGAAUAUAUGAGCAACAACAAGGCACAUGGAUCAGAUGUUGUCGAUGAACGUGAUUAUAACCAGCCAUGUCCUGCAGUCAGACAGCAGCACUCUGAUGAAAACAAGAGCACCUGCAGUUUAUCUCCAGCUGAGAAAAUAAACCUUGAAUAUAUAGAUAUUGAAAAUGAUAUUGUGGCAUCUCAUGCAGAUGAGAAAACUAUGGACUCUUCAAAGGAGAUUUUCCCUCAAGUAGAAACUUUGGAUUCUGUGUUCACUAUUGCAGAAAGUAACAACACAGAGAUUGAGCAUGCUUCAGAGAUGGUUGUCUGCCAGGAAGCAGCGUUAGGGGAGACCAAGUUGGAACAAUCAACAAAUGACAUUUUACACACUGAAACAACUGAGCAAUGUCAGGUUAUGCCAAGUAGUGAAAUGUUAGAGUUACCAAAUGUCAGGGCUGAUGUAAUGUCACCUGUUUUAUCUUUGGAAGAGCAAGUGUCCAGUGCUUGUCAUCUUCAUAAUGGACCAGCAGCAGGAGCUGGUGAGGAUUCUGGUCUUUCUCUUGCAGAAGCUUUAAAGGAACUACAUCAGCUUUUGGUGACCAGCAAUAUGCAGUCUUCUAAAACACAGUUAUCCAAUAAUGAGGGAUCUCAUCAGUCAACCAUCAUUUCAGAAGAAUGUAAUAGUCACAAGAUGGACCUUUCUGAGCAGAAUGCUGAAGAUGUGUACAAAUUUCAUGCCACUGAUGGCAGUCAGGCUGGUGGGUGUGAUGUGGCAGAAAGGGAAAUAAAAGCCAGUAACUUUCAAAUACAUUCUUCUCUUGAAAUGUCUGGAAACAGUGAUGCUGUUUGUUGUGAUUCAGAUAAUCAAUUGCCUGUAAUAGAGAAGGCUUCCAAAAUGGCAGGUACUGACGAACAUUUAGAGUGUUCACUGACUUCUGAUCAGCAGAACUAUGCUGUUGAAGUAAGCAUUCCACCAAAGAUAGAUUAUUUACCAGACCUAAUGGAUAAAGAUAGCAAGCCAUUAGCUGACAAGUCCGCAACAGAGUCGGGAAGUGCAGAUAGAGAUUUUAUUCAAGUUUCUCAAAGUGCUGAUAUAGAAGUGCCAUUAAUUUCUGGUUGUGCUAUGUGUUCUGACGAAACUGCAGCUCCCGAAAGUACACUAUGUGAACCUGUUAAUCCUUCUACUGACAUUGAAGAAGCAAGGGCAGCAUUUCCGCAGCCGUCUGAAUUUCCUGCUGCUGAUGUAGAUCGCAUCACAUCAUCUGGAUUUACUGUGCAUGAAGCCGUAGUAGCUUUGGAACAAUUCAGUGGAAAUGUAGACCUUGCUCUUCUUGUUUUGCUAGCAAGAAAGAUUGUAGUUCCUAUUUGAUUUUUACUUCAUGCCCACUGAAAAGCCUGCAGAUGAUACUAAAUAUCUUUACUCUCUUUAGUCACUGAAGCAGUGUAGUAUAUUUUAUUCAAAUUGAGCAUUUCAGGCAAGCAACAUAAAAUAUCUUGCUGACUUGUUUACUCAAACUAGAGUCUGCUAGCCAUUUUAAAUAAAUUCUUUACUAAUAGAAAUUGUUUCACAGUGAGAUUUGCAAGUAUUGCAAAAAUAAACCAGUUACGUUUAUUUAAA